AUGGUUAGUUCAUUUACUUAUAAGCAGAAGAGCCAUGCGUGUCCUGUUUCCAGUGCAGGUCCGAAUGAUGUUAACAUCACAGCCUUACAGACGGAUGUUGCUCUUGGUUGGGUCUCGGAGCCACACGGUCGAGGUACUUGGAGCUUGCUGUAUAGCUGUGUCGGAACAUUGAUAGCAUGUGUGUAUACUGCAAUUCACCUGAACAUUCCUCCGGGUGGCGAAAGAAUAUAUUCCGGCUAUUUAAGGAAAGCAAAGUGGGUUAUGAUUGCGCUUUUGGCUCCAGAAAUCGUCGCAUAUACUGCUUUCGAACAGUAUUAUCUUGGUCGCAAGUUCCUCAAAAAAUUACUUUCCAAGGAAGAAAAAAACUUAGGAAAGUCUAAGAAUGUAUCUAGCGAAUCUGAGUUCGACGUGGUAUACGCUCACUAUACGAUGAUGGGUGGAUUUGCUGCAGACGUGAGCAGUCUCCACAAUGUUCUCAAAACGGCAACAUUCACCCCUGACGGCAUUCUGUUUCUAUCGAGCAUUGGUUUGGUUCCACAUCUCAACAAAGAAGACAUCGAGGACAAGAGCAAAUUAGACUUGCUUGGAAAGAUGCUGGCCUCUCUGCAAGGUAUCUGGAGCAUUGGUCAAGCAAUUGAGAGGAAGUAUUCGGGCUACCCUACCACUAUGCUCGAAGUGCAUACUAUCGUCCACGUUGUGUGCGCAUUAGCUCUAUACAUGCUCUGGGCCACGAAGCCUCUGAAUGUGGGAGUGCCUACCAUUGUGAAGUUCGAAGGCCAAGAUGAGAAGUACCUAGCUUUUAUGCUGCAACUAGGAGCUGAGAAAGGAGAUCGUUCCGCUGAACUACACCCACAAAAGAAAUGGUACAACGUGUCACCGUCACAUCAUUGCGGCUUUAGACUUUACGAUAGUACAAAGCCCGCUAGUUGCGCCUAUGGCGAACCCGGGAUGAGUAUCUUUCGAGAGAUUCGGCCAAAACCGGCAAAUCUUGUUUCUGUCAGUGUUGCUACCGACGAUGUUAUCUCUGCCCCCUCGAAAUCUGAUAUUGUAGCUUCGGAUAAUUGGCAGGAAAUUAGUGACGUCGUCACACAUUAUGAGCAAUCGGAGAAAGAGAUCAAGAACCUCCCCAAAUCAUGCAGGGCUCAGCAAGUACCCGUAGAAUACAAGCCAGCUGCAGAUCUACCCGUCGUUUGCACCAUGAUUACAGGCCAGUCACUAAAUUCAGGCUUUGGUCCCGGUCUUGACCAUAAUUCGGGUAAAAUGCACCACGAUAUGACAUCCGACAGCAGGUCUGUCAAGGUAUUCCUCACACACAAGGAUGUGAGAAGAUUAAACUUAGCCGCUGCAUACAUCAAAGAGUCCCCGCAGCCACCAAAAUCGAAAGAAGCGGAAGAGGGACCUGACCAAAUGUCUUUCAACGAAAAGGUUGAAGCUGCACUAAUGCCACUAUUCAACUUUGCAAGUGGGAUGCAUGUACCUCUUGCAUUAAGAGCUCCAAAUAUGAGUGGCACUGUAUUCGAAAGCACGCAGAACGAUGCUACGUAUCUCUCUGCAGCAAUGGCCACAGUUCCAGCGCUAUAUGGUUCUGUUCACCUUGGAGCCCUUACCAUUCUAUUUCCAAGUGUGAUAGAGCGAUUGAUGUGGAAGAUAUCAUGUUACUAUUUGAUUGCAGCCGCUGGUUUGUUCGGUGCCUGGUCUCUUUUGAAAUUUGGGGACAAGCAGAUUGCGCGUGUGUUCAAAAUGGAAAAUACUCUAUUUGAGAAAUGGGAAUUAUUCAGAGGCGAGUUUGGAUAUCAUUUUGAUGGUAAAAUGCAGAGUGUAGUCCUUGGAUGUUUCUCGUCAUUCUCCUUGAUUAAGGUAGCAUUCGGCAAUGCAGCUCUCCUAAUCGGGGUAUCCAAUAGUCUUGCAGUCUAA